AUGCUGCAACCAUUGAAGAACGUUGUCGUCCUCGGAGGAUCGUAUGUCGGUCUUGCCGCUGUGAGCGAGCUUGCCGCUGCUCUGCCAGCAUCCCACCGCAUUUUGCUUGUUGAACCGCACAGCCACUUUCAUCAUCUUUUCGCAUUUCCUCGCUUCGCAGUCCUCCCAGACCAUGAGCACAAAGCCUUCAUUCCAUACACAGCAGCUUUCUCAAAGUCAUCCGACCCAUCGCGGCACCAGGUGAUUCAAGCCCGUGCCAAAUCUCUCCGCCCCAACUCCGUCAUUCUGGAUAGAGGAUGGCAUGGUUCAGGAGAGAUUCCAUUCGAUUAUUUGGUUGUCACAACAGGCACCAGAUUGCCCAGCCCAGGAACUAUGCCCGGUGAUGAUAAGCUAUCGUCGGUCGACACCUUGAGAGCGCAUCAGCAGGCGGUUCAGAAGGCAUCUUCUGUCAUUCUCAUCGGAGGCGGCGCGGUGGGCGUUCAGAUGGCUACGGAUCUUAAGGAAAUUUACCCUGAGAAGGAGGUCACUCUUGUGCAUUCACGAGAGCACCUCAUGCCUCUUUACCACACCAAGUUGGAUGAGAUUAUCAAGGCUCGAUUCGAUGAGUUGGGAAUCAAGUUGAUCACCGGCUCCCGUGCUGUGAUUCCUCCUGGCGGUCUUGCCUCCCAGACUUCAGUCAAGCUGCAAGAUGGUCGUGGACUCUCAGCGGAUCUGAUCAUCCCCGCAACGGGGCAAAUACCUAACAACCAGUUCCUUCAGGAUCUCAAGCAGACUGGCGACACCCCUCUUGUAAACCCGGCGAACGGCUUCAUCAAAGUGCGACCGACACUGCGAUUUGAAGACCCAGCAUACCCGCACAUGUUUGCUGCUGGUGAUAUUGCCGACUCUGGUGCGCACAAGGCUGCUCGGCCUGGCGCCGGACAAGCGAAGGUAGUCGCUCAGAACAUUCUGGCUAUGAUCAAUGGCCAAGAGCCGACAGAGCACAUUGUAGUUACUCCACCGGCAAUUCAUCUAUCAUUGGGACUGAAAAAGAACUUUGUGUUCAGAAACCCCGAUGUUGCAGCAGGACAGACUGAACCAGCAGUCGUGCCGCGAGAAGAGGGAACAGCGGACAUGAACAUUGAGGGCGUGUGGGAGCGAAGAGGUAUUCGUGUCACCGACCCUAGAGAGUACCACCUGUAA